AUGGAAAUAAUGUACGAAGAACUAAAAUUCGAAAUUACAUUCGAGCUUGAAAAUGAAGAGAGUAAAACAAUUAAAGAUGAAACUAAGAAAAACACUAGUGACAGUGAAAAGUUUCUGACACGACCGAAUAAAAAUGCGUCAGUGAAAAAAAACUGCUUGAGAGAGGCUAUAAAAAAGUCAUGCGAAACGGAAAUGCUAACGGAAAUUCCAACUUCUCAAAACAAAACCGAUGACAUUCCAAAGUCAACAUUCCCAGAUGGGAGAGAAGAUAAUGGAAACAUUAAAGUUAACACCAUACCACUUGCUUGCAAUAAAAGAGCAAAAACAAUUGAUAAACCAGAAAAAAUUGUCUACAAAAAAUGUCAGUUGUGCAAGGUUAAUAUAGACGAAACAAAAUGGAGCGUCCACGUGAAUGGCAAAAAACACAAACGCAAGACAAAAUUUAGUAACUUGUUGCAGAAAGAUUUUGAAAAAAAUAAAAAAUUAACAACAGCGGUAGAAAACGAAUUUUCUAAUCUUAGUGAAAAAAGUGAAACGGAUUCUGAAACAAAUUCAGAGUGCAAUGAAAAAUUAAAACUUGAAAACGUGCUACUCAACUCUAGUAACAACUGCUGCCCGCACGAUUUGGAGGAAGAUAAUGAUUUUCAAAUAAGUACGAAAAAAAAGAAACGUAAAAAUAAAAAAAUAUUUUCUGAGAAAUUAAAUAUUUCAGAGCAAAUUGAAACCCAGUCUUACCCUUUAAAACUUGAUGAUUCUUGCAAUAAAAUAAUUAUCAACAAAAUGAAAAAUGAAACUGACAGCAGCAUAAACAAGGAUUGCAACAUAACAAAAAAAUCUUGGACAACAAAACUUGAAGAGAAAUGUUUGGCCGACAGAAGAAAUUCUUCUAACAUUUUAAAUGGACCAUCCCAUUUGAAGCCUGAAGGAUAUUUUCCGUUGUCAAUUGCCAUCUAUGACAUAAAACUGUGCUGCCUAAAAAAUCAUCAUCAAAAUUUAUUUCAUAAUUGUCCGGAAGAAAUUAUUUGUGUUAAACAAAAGAGGAAUGCUGAAUGGAUUCCAAUAAGAGAUACGCCAAAAAAUAAUGAAAUAUUUAAAAGUUACAAAUUAUGUAAUUUUUUUCCGAGAUGUCCACGAGAAAAUAAAUGUAACUUUGCUCACUCCACUGAGGAACAAACAGUUUGGAAUGCUAUAAAAAAAGGAAAGUUCUCUCAUGAAAAUUUUGUUGAGAAGCACCAAUCCAUUUAUAUACAAAAAGAAAGCACGCUGAAGAAAAUAGUGCAUGAAUACAAAGGUGGUUUAAUAUGGGCUUGUAAGUCAUGCUUUGAAUUGAAAAACACCAUACGAGGAGUGAACCUGAAUGAUAAAAAAUGUACCAGCAGCCAUGACUCGCAUCAGUUGGGAAGAAACACGAUAAUUGUUAUACAUCAACGAACGGACGACAAGUCGUUUACGCCCAUUUAUUUACCAUCAAAAAGUUCCAUUUUAGAAAUUUGCUCUGAAUUGAAGUUUUGUACCAAUAAAAGUUGCUGUCGGAGACCACACUCAAAUUUAGAAUAUGAUGUCUGGAAGUAUAUAAUCAAUAAAAAUUUGACAACUGAAGAAUUUUUCGACCAAGUAAAUUGA